AUGCAUCAAUUAUAUACUGUGCCAAACAAACUACAUCAAGAUUCGUUCUCGUCCUCUUAUGAGUGUUCGCCUCCAAUAUCACCACUAUCAUCAACUUUUGAUAUCACCUCAUCAACCAACUCUAUCGACAAUGCUGAACACACUCCGAAGAAUCGCUUCAGAAUUUUGCGUCGUCAAUCAGAUGUUUUCCAAUACAGGUCUGAUGGGCGGCCAAUGAAUGGGUUGACAUCACGUCGUAAGCAGUGGAAGACUCGUCCAUGGGCUAGUACAGCUUCGCCCCUGCCAGAAUGGUACGUUCCUUUUUUACUUUUGCAUUUCGUGGAUAUGGGGUUUGAGCAACAGGGGGAUUGA